AUGUCUGCGUUGACUCUCAAGCUAGGCCGAAUUUUGGCCUCACCUCCGAUAUCGAUCGAGUUACUCCCCGGAGACGGUUCCGAAUGGCUUGCGGAAGGCAUGCCCGAGGAAUCCAACCCACACGCGCCCUUCCUCUUCAUUGAGGGCAACCUUGACUUGCCUGGCACGGGCGAUAUGGCAGACAUACUGCACUCUUCCUCCGUUCUCCUUCUGGUCAACCCGGCGCAUCAGAGUGCUCUCAACGCGCGAAAACGUCUGGUCAAACAUGGCGCGCUCGAUGCGACACAGGAGCUUCGUUUCGUGUCCGCGCUUUUGACGCUGCACGAGGGCGCGAAACAGUCGGUUCUCUGGCAUCACCGACGCUGGAUCCUGCGACGCAUCUCUUCCACCGCUGGAUCUCCGUCUUGCGGUACUACCAGUUGCUCUAGCGAUAUACCUAGCAGCCUGACAUGGGACGGCGAAGAUUCGUUACGCGGCCUCGUCCUAGACGCGGACACGUGGAGUGUGGAGUUUGCUGCCGUCGAUCGGGCGUGCGAAACAUACCCCCGCAACUACCACGCGUGGGCUCAUCGGUAUCUAUGUGCGGAGGCUCUGUCCACGGCCCUCCGAGGAGACGCGGGCCCCGCGCUGAUGGAGGCCUGGCAGCUGGAGAAGGACCGCAUACGCCAAUGGAUCGAGAGGCACGUCUCCGACUACUCUGCAAUGCAAUACGCGUGCCGCCUCGAAGAUCUCGAACUUGGGCGAUUUGCAGGAGAACAGCCAAUCACAGCCGCCUCAGGAGACCAUACGCGGGAGAUCCCAUCCGAGGAAAAGGAGACUCUGGUAGAGCAUGCAUGGGCACUCGUACGAGCCUACCCGUCGCACGAAUCGCUCUGGCUCUACCUCCGCGGCGCACUUCGCCCGCCAUCCAAUCUCGCUGCGCUGCACCUGGAUUCUGCCACGUCCGAUCGUGUGCGCAACGGGGCCCGCGCUCUCGCUGAGCGGUUUCUCAGCGAUGGGAGUGCAGACCGCGGGGCGAGUGUAUUGCCUGGGGAGCACGCCCUGGUGGGGCGUCAUGCGGCGCGAUUCCUGGCCUGGCUGUUGUGGCAGGAGGGUAAACUGAAGAUGCAUAGGGACGUGGCUCGCGAGAUCGUGGCUGUUGGUAAUGGGGAGCUCAGCCAAGGAGAAGCCCUGAUUGUGUACCUGAAAGCGGCCUGCUCCGUUUGA